AUGGAGAAAAACAAUAAUAGAAUUAAUUGUGAUAAUGAUAACAAUGACAACUAUGACAUUGAUUACAACGGAUCAGACAAAAUCCAGGGACUAACCAUAAUCGAGAACUUCAUCACGGUGGAUGAAGAACGCGAAUUGUUAAGAAAUAUUGAUGUGAUGCCGUGGGGCGGACUAGGAUUAUUGCCGAAUCCAGAAAUGAAGAGACGCACACAACAUUACGGAUACGUGUUCAGUUAUCGAUACAGAAAAGUUCUCGAAAAUUUAGGCCCACUGCCACAUUUCCUUGACUUUAUUAUCGCGCGAUGUAUAUCCCAGGGAAUUAUCGAUACACCACCUAAUAUGUGUAUAGUUAACGAGUAUAAUCCCGGGCAAGGUAUAAUGCCGCACACGGAUGCUUCCUAUUUUGGUCCUACAAUAUUGAGCCUCUCAUUAUUAUCACCAUGUUUAAUGACUUUUUCCCCCGUAAACACAGAAGAGGGUUCGAAGAACAAUAAUGGAUGCUCUUCGUCAUCGUCUUCAUCUUGUGUGAUUUUACGUGAGUCCACGUUCACUAUUAAUCUUGAAGGAUGA